AUGAGACCGAAGGAGAAGUCCUCGUUAACAACCGAUGAGAGGACUCGUGCAAACCUUGAUAACAUUGCCAAAGACAUCCUCUACAAGGCUCUAGAUGAGUCACUGUUCCCUCGAGUGAGAAAGUGCAAAUCUGCAAAAGAAAUUUGGGAUACCCUCAUGCAGAUUGGUGAAGGCGACGAACAGGAUAAGGAAAACAAAUUAACCAUCGCUAUGAAAAGAUUCGAAGACUUCAAACAUGGAAUGAAAGAGUCCAUAUCUGAUAUGGAGGCAAGAUUCAUGAAGUUGUUAACUGACAUCGGAGAUCUAGAUGAGAAAAAGCUCACACAGAAAGAGAUAAACUUGAAGAUCCUCUGA